UGUGCCCCAGCUCAUGUGGCAAGCGAGCCUGUACUGACCAAAAUGAGUGUUGCCACCCUGAAUGCUUGGGGAGCUGCACGGCGCCUGACAACAACACUGCUUGCGUGGCCUGCCGCAAUUACUACUACGAAGGAGUCUGCAUGCCUACCUGUCCUCCCAACACCUACAAGUUCGAGGGCUGGCGCUGUGUGACUAAAGAGUUUUGCUCCAAAGUCCCUGCCACCGAAACAAGUGAAUACGAGAGGUUUGUGAUUCACAACGAUGAGUGCAUGGCAGAAUGCCCCUCUGGAUUUAUACGCAAUGGGAGCCAAAGCAUGUUCUGCAGUCCUUGUGAGGGGCCUUGUCCCAAAAUCUGUGAGGAUGGGAAAACAAAGACCAUUGACUCUGUCACAUCAGCACAAAUGUUGCAGGGAUGCACAAUUCUCAAGGGGAAUCUGCUGAUUAACAUCCGUCGUGGAAAUAACAUCGCAUCAGAACUGGAGAAUUUUAUGGGUCUGAUUGAGACAGUAACAGGGUAUGUGAAGAUUCGCCAUUCCCAUGCAUUAGUCUCCCUAUCUUUCCUGAAGAACCUGCGGUAUAUUCUGGGAGAGGAACAGGUGGACGGGAAUUAUUCCUUCUACGUGCUUGACAACCACAAUCUUCAGCAGCUGUGGGACUGGAACCAUCAUAACUUGACGAUCAAGGAGGGGAAAAUGUAUUUUGCAUUUAAUCCUAAACUGUGCGUUUCUGAGAUUUACCGUAUGGAGGAAGUUUCAGGAACAAAGGGACGACAGAGCAAAGGAGAUAUAAAUCCAAGGAACAAUGGGGAGAGAGCCUCUUGCGAAAGCCACAUUCUGCGUUUUGUUUCCAACACUACGCUCAAGAAUCGGAUUAAGCUAACAUGGGAACGGUAUCGCCCUCCAGAUUAUAGAGAUCUCAUUAGCUUCACUGUUUACUACAAAGAAGCACCAUUCAAAAAUGUGACAGAGUAUGAUGGGCAAGAUGCAUGUGGCUCCAAUAGCUGGAACAUGGUCGAUGUUGACUUGCCACCGAACAAAGAGAACAAUCCUGGAAUUUUACUGCAGGGAUUGAAACCUUGGACUCAAUACGCCAUUUAUGUCAAGGCUGUUACCCUCACAAUGAUGGAAAAUCAUCAUAUUCAUGGAGCAAAAAGUGAAAUUGUAUAUAUACGAACCAAUGCUGCAGUGCCAUCCAUUCCCUUGGAUGUUAUUUCAGCAUCCAACUCCUCAUCCCAACUGAUUGUGAAAUGGAAUCCUCCUUCUCUUCCCAAUGGCAACCUCUCAUACUACAUCGUACGAUGGCAGCAGCAACCUCAGGACAGUUACCUUUACAGACAUAAUUACUGCUCCAAAGAUAAAGUCCCAAUUCGAAGGUAUGCUGAUGGGACCAUUGAUACAGAAGAAGCUACUGAACCCACCAAGCCAGAGGGCUGUGGGGGAGAAAAAGGACCUUGUUGUGCUUGUCCCAAGACAGAGGCAGAAAAGCAAGCUGAGAAGGAGGAAGCAGAGUACCGGAAGGUCUUUGAGAACUUCCUUCACAACUCCAUCUUUGUCCCCAGACCUGAUCGGAAGCGGAGGGAUGUGUUCCGAAUCGCAAAUGCCACUUUGGCCACUCGAAACAGGAACGUGACUGGGACAGACCACUUCACCAAUGUUUCUGACGCAGAGGAGAGUGAGGUGGAAUACCCGUUCUUUGAGACCAAAGUGGAUGGCAAGGAGAGAACUGUGAUCUCCCAUCUCCAGCCUUUCACUCUUUACCGCAUUGAUAUCCACAGCUGCAACCAUGAAGCUGACACACUUGGUUGUAGCGCUUCCAACUUCGUCUUUGCAAGAACCAUGCCUUCAGAGGGAGCAGAUAACAUUCCAGGAACGGUAGCAUGGGAAGCAAAAGAAGAAAAUACCGUUUACCUGAAGUGGUUAGAGCCUGCAAAUCCAAAUGGGCUGAUACUGAUGUAUGAAAUCAAAUACGGGCAGCAUGGCGAGGAGAAGCGGGAAUGUGUUUCCAGACAAGAAUACAAGAAGCUAGGAGGAGCUAAGCUGACUCAUCUGAACCCUGGAAACUAUUCUGCUAGAGUUCAGGCCACUUCAUUAGCUGGAAAUGGGUCAUGGACUGAGCCAGUCUCUUUCUAUGUGCAACCCAAAUCAGCAAACUAUGGAAACUUCUUGCACUUGAUAAUUGUGCUCCCUAUUGCUUUCCUGCUCAUCAUUGGGGGAUUACUGAUAAUGCUGUAUGUCUUUAACAAAAAGAGGAACAGUGACAGACUGGGCAAUGGAGUACUCUACGCUUCUGUGAACCCCGAGUACUUCAGUGCUUCAGAUGUGUAUGUUCCAGACGAAUGGGAGGUGCCCCGUGAGAAGAUCACCAUGUGUCGGGAGCUUGGGCAAGGCUCCUUUGGAAUGGUGUACGAGGGAAUAGCCAAGGGAGUGGUGAAGGAUGAGCCAGAGACCAGGGUGGCCAUCAAGACUGUCAAUGAGUCUGCAAGCAUGCGUGAGAGGAUAGAGUUCUUAAAUGAGGCCUCGGUGAUGAAGGAGUUCAAUUGUCACCAUGUGGUUCGGCUGCUUGGUGUUGUUUCUCAGGGGCAGCCUACGCUGGUUAUCAUGGAACUGAUGACACGUGGGGACCUCAAAAGUUACCUGCGAUCAUUGAGGCCAGACACAGAGAAUAAUCCUGGCCAGGCACCUCCAACUCUGAAGAAGAUGAUUCAGAUGGCAGGAGAGAUUGCUGAUGGGAUGGCAUACCUCAACGCCAACAAAUUUGUUCACAGAGACCUUGCUGCAAGAAACUGCAUGGUAGCAGAAGACUUCACAGUGAAAAUUGGAGAUUUUGGCAUGACAAGAGAUAUCUACGAGACAGAUUAUUAUCGUAAAGGAGGGAAAGGUUUGCUGCCUGUCCGCUGGAUGUCCCCAGAAUCACUGAAAGAUGGAGUCUUCACAACGCACUCCGAUGUCUGGUCUUUUGGUGUUGUACUUUGGGAGAUUGCAACGUUAGCGGAGCAGCCAUACCAAGGCAUGACCAAUGAACAAGUGCUCCGCUUUGUGAUGGAAGGAGGUCUGCUGGAAAAACCAGACAAUUGUCCCGAUAUGCUGUUUGAACUGAUGCGCAUGUGUUGGCAGUACAACCCGAAAAUGAGGCCCUCCUUCCUGGAAAUAAUUGGUAGCAUUAAAGACGAGCUGGAUCCAGCGUUCAAAGAGGUCUCCUUCUUCUACAGCGAAGAGAACAAGCCUCCGGACACAGAGGAGCUUGACCUGGAGACUGAAAACAUGGAGAGCAUUCCUUUAGAUCCCUCCUCCACCCUCCAACCCACUGACAAGCACUCAGGACACAAAGCCGAGAACGGCCCCGGCGUGGUGGUCCUUCGGGCCAGCUUCGAGGAGAGACAGCCGUACGCACACAUGAACGGGGGACGCAAGAACGAGAGGGCCUUACCGUUGCCCCAGUCUUCGGCCUGCUGAUCCUUAGAACCAGAAUCUCACAGAAAUAAAACACAGAAAAAACACGCGCGUGCAUUGGGGGAAGAAAGAAAGAAAAUUACAAUAUAUUCAAAAGCCUACUGUACCUCAGUGGAUCUUCAGAACUGCCAUAGCUGCACUUGGGAGAACCCUUUUUUCAGUAAACAAGUUAUCGUAUUUUUCUUUUUUCAAUAUGCAAGCAGAUGUUUGUUUCAGUAAAGGACUCCAUUCAUGGGGCACACAGUUGGCCUUUUAAAACUCUGAUGUUAACACUUAAUAGCUACAGAAAACUUGAGAUCUGAUGUCUGUCUCUCUCUCCUCUCUCUCUCCUCUCCUCUCCUCUCUCUUCUUUCUCUUUCUUUCUGUCUCUCUCUUGGCUUCAUAAUGGGAAACAUAUCUGCGUGCAAGUUCAACCGUACAGCAUUUUUAUCAGAUCAAAGAUAUCGCAGGCCAGGUGGCUCCCCGGUACCCUUGCAAGCACCUGCCUAACACUGUAGGUCUUUAU